CGGGGGCGUCGGUGAGAGAGUGCAAGAUGGCGGCCACCGUGUCCGGAGAGCCGCCGGCGCCAGAGAGGCGACAAAGCGACGACAAUGGCGGCAAUGGCGAACCCGAGGAGGUGCCCGAGGCCCAGAGCGACGAGGAGCCGGGGAGUGACCCGGAGCUGGAGAGGGACCCUGGCCGGGCCCCCGAGGAGGUGCUGCUCGAGCUGGAGGCCGAGGAGCGCGAGCAGCGGCUGGAGCGGACGCGUCGGGAGUUCAAGAACCGGCGCAAACUGCUGCUGAGGAACCUGCCGCCGGACGUCAGCAACCAGGAUGUCCACGAGCUUCUGGGUGAAUUCGACCUAAAGUACUGCUUUGUGGACAAGUACAAAGGAACUGCAUUUGUCACCUUGUUGAACGGAGACCAGGCCAACAGCGCCAUCGAGAAGUUUCACCAGUCGGAGCUGCGGGAGCGGGAGAUUUCAGUCCAGCUGCAGCCCACAGAUGCCCUGCUGUGCAUUGCCAACCUGCCCCUCUCCUACAGCCAGCAGCAGUUUGAGGAGCUGGUCCGUCCCUUCGGGAACCUAGAGCGCUGUUUCCUGGUGUAUAGCGAGACGUCCGGUCACUCCAAGGGCUACGGCUUUGUGGAGUACAUGAAGAAGGAUUUUGCCGCCAGGGCCAAGUCUGAGCUGCUGGGGAAACAGCUGGGGACCAGGGCCCUGUACGUGCACUGGACAGAUGUCAACCAACUGACCAUGGACCUGCUUCACUCCAAGUGCCUGUGUGUGGACAAGCUUCCGCAUGAUUACAAAGACCUGGAGCAGCUCACGCUGGCCUUCAGCCAGGUUCAAAAGCCCGUUUUCUGUCAGCUGGCUCAGGGCCCUGACGGGCAGUUCCGAGGCUUUGCGGUCCUGGAGUACGAGACGGCAGAGCAGGCGGAGGAGGUGCAGCGCAGUGUGGACGGUCUGCACCUCGACGGCAACCACAUCCGCGUCCUGUUCUGUGCCCCCGGACCACCUGGUCGCAGCAUGUUGCCUGCCCUGAUAGCAGCACAAGCCACGGCCAUGAACCGCGGCAAAGGCCUCCUGCCAGAGCCCAACCCCGUGCAGAUCCUCAACGGCCUGAGUAACCCGGCCACUCUCCGGCUCCUCCUCAACCCCCUGCUCCCCGGGGCCGGCAGCAGGCACCAGGGGGGCGACACCCGAGGAGGCUCCCCAUCCUCCCGGAUGCUGGGAGCCGGCCCGGCGAUGCCUCUGCUGGGGAAUCCGGCUCUGAGCGCGGCUCUGCUCAGGCUCGUGCUCCAGGGACAGAACCAGGCUCAGGCCCAGGCUCAAGCUCAGGCCCAGCAGAAGCCUGGGCUGCUGGGUGAGUCUCCUCUGGCUGCCCUGCAGCACAGCUCCCUGGGGCUCACGACCCCCCCACUGCCAGGGAAAGGACUCCUGGGAGAAUCGCCAGCAGGGCUGGGUGCUGAGAUGCCCCUCAGACAGUCGCAGUACGUGGGGGACAUGCUGGAACCAGCUUCGGGGUCGAGGGGAGCACAUUCCCGGCAGGUCACCCCUCCCCCCGUCACCGCCGCUGCCCUCCAGGGCAUCCCCACCUCCAUCCUGGGCUCAGUGCUCAACGACCUGAAGAGGAUGAGGAACCGGAGCCAGGCCUCGGGGGAGAGUGCCACCGCGACCUCAGGGAUGUCUCUGUUGGGGGAACCACCCAAGGACCUGAGGAUGCCUCAGAACCCGUACCUGAACCUGCACAGUGUGCUCCCGCUGCCAGCCGGAGGCAGCAGUUCUCAGGGCUAUAACCAGUCGCCAGGACUGCUGGGAGAUUACCCCGGGGCGGGGCAGGAAUACCAGGACCAGGCCUACGCCUAUGAUUACGAGCAGUACGGCUACGGCCAGGGCUACGAGGAAUACGAUCAGGAAUACCAGUACGAGCAGUACGACCAAUACGAUCAAUAUGAUCAGUACGAGCAAUACGACCAAUAUAGUCAGUAUGAGCAGUAUGAGCAGUAUCAGCAGUACGAUGAGGAGGCUGGAGAGCCACUGUACCAGUCUGCCCAUGACCAAAGUGCGGCAGCUUACAGUGCCUAUAGCAGGGCUGGGACUGAGAGGAGUGAGGCUGUGGCUUCCGGCUAUGAAGAAGCAAGCCCGGCCGUGUACACUGGCUCCCCCACGUCCUAUUUUACUGGUAGCUCAAGGGCAGGACUUCGACAGGGCCAGUCCUCCAAGGCAAACUCCGGGGCAGGACUCCUGGGGGCAGCUCCCGCUGGCUGUAUGCUGAAGACGCCUCUGAUCGGCCACAAGCGCGGAGCCUCCCACCUGAUCCCCUCUCCCGAACCCAGCCCUGAGGAGGGCUACAUCGGGCAGCACUCUCAGGGUCUGGGAGGUCACUACGCCGACUCCUACCUGAAGAGGAAGCGUAUAUUUUAGCUGGAGGGAGACCGCAGAACCUGGUUACUUUUCUUUGCUUUAGAGUGUAAAUCUUGUACAGACAAUUUUUAAUCCUGUGUUGGAGAAAAACCUUUUCAAUUAAUUUUAAUGUUGGGGAUGUGGGUGACUUGUAUCUGUGAAUUGGGGGGUGAAACGUGGACUGAAUGUCCUAAACUGAGGUGUGAUCUCUCUCUCUCUCUCUCGCUCUCCCUCCCUCCCUUUCCCCCAUCCCU